AUGAAAAAAAGAUCAAAUUUAUUAUACGAUACAAGCAGUGAUGAAUCGACAGUGCUUGAGAGUCGAAUUCAAGCACAGGUGAGAAGGGAUUCUUCAAAUUCAGACUACCUCUUUAAAGUUGUACUGCUUGGUGAUAGCAAAGUGGGCAAGACAAGUAUCGUUCAUAGAUUAGUAUUUGACACAGCAGGUUUAGACAGAUUCAAUAGUCUUGUGAGCAGCUAUUUCAAAGGUGCGUCAGGAUUCGUCUGUGUGUUUGACUUCUCAAACAAGGAGUCCUUUGAAAACAUCAAUAAAUGGGUGCAGUAAAUUAAACUAAAUGCGACUAUUGAGAAUCCUACUAUAAUGGUUCUAGGGAAUAAAAGAGACAUUGAGUUAAAGCAAGUAUCGAAUAAGGAGAUUGAGGAUUUCCAAGCUAAUCAUAGAGAUGUGAUAUUCUCAGAGACAUCAGCAAGAACUGGAAUGCUGAUAAAUGAAUCAUUCCGCACUCUCAGCUUAAAAAUGACUGACAAGGGAAAUCAAAUUACAGUCAGGGGAAUGAACUUAUAAUAAUCUACAAGUCCUACCAAGGCUACACAAAGAAAUAGAGCAAGUUUGAUUCCAGCUCAUGAUAACUCAUGCUGUCGUGGGAGUCAAAAGUUAUGUUGCAAGUCCUGA